AUGGAUGCUCAAACAUCAUCUCCAUUGUCAUCCUCUUCUGUUGAUACCAUGACACACUUUUCAGAAAAUGACAUGUCAACUGAAGAUCUCUUGCUACAAUAUUUACAACAGCACUACAGCGAUGUACCUGCUGCUGGACCUCCAUCACCGAUGUCUGACAGUGCCUCGUAUUCUCAGCCUGGUUUAUGCAGGACCCCAUUUGAUCUUCCUUCAGUAUUGGAUACUCCACACAAUGUGCAGCUUAAUCUCAGCAGCUAUUCGGAUCUUCAAGCAGCACUUGUGGGUAUCAGCUAUCAACAAACGGUACAAGCAUUUGACCCAUUUGGGAUGUUGCAAACAACACCAGGAUUGCAUAUGCUUGAAACCCCACAAGAUGAUACCACACGAGACGGCAAGUGGACGACCGAUGAAGAAACAAUGCAUGUACAAAGCACAGAGCUCAGCGUGCCGUCAUCUAUUCGGCUGAAUGUUGAAAGCUCCCAUAUGCUUGAUAGUUUAAUGAGCAAGGCGGUGACGCAUUGGUGCUGUAUCGGAUUCAAAGUAGCACCCAUCAGCUUGGACAUGAUACUUGAUUGGCACAAGGCACCACCUGCUAUUGUUUAUUGUGUCGCAUCUAUCAGCCUGGUGACAUUUAUGGAUCACAAAGCCGGCCAAGCAUUUAUCAAACAAGCCGCCAUGGUCUUUUACGAACAAGCACGACAUAAGAUGGAUGAUGUUUUUUUGGAUGACAUGCAUCCAAGUGUCAUACAAGCUUAUUUUUGCCUUAGUUACACGUCCAACUUGCUAAGAUUGUACGAGCAACAACGUACUUGGAGUGGUCUAGCAUCAAUUGCAUUGCAACAACAUGCCAAGGAUAUCGUAGAUGGCCGACCUGUGGAUCGUCUCACAAUGAUGUGCUGGUUGCGAUGGUACUACGUUGACGCGUGGAUGUGUUUAACAAGAAAUCGCGAAUGUUUGCUGAACGAUGACACGCCUUUGGGACGUAUCUCAAUGCUAAGUGAAGACGUCGAGCAUCCAGAAUUUCGAGAAUUGUAUCGGUUUGCAUCAUUGACACGAUACAUGCGUAUGUACAUUCGUGCCAUACGUUCAGGCAAAAUGUUUGCCGAUGGUGUAGGUGGACGACAGCCGUCAGCAUUGUAUCACAACAUUACACAACAGCUCAAGCACUGGUAUGCAAGCACUCGUCGCACCAACGAUUACAUCGUAGAUGAGAGCAACAGUGGUGAAGUACAUUUCCACUUGUGCUACCACGCGGUGCGGCUUAUCAUAUUGUUCCAAUUCUUGCAUCCAACACUUGGUGCCCCACAAGAUAUCCUUAUCGACUGCCUUGAGACCAACUUAGCUUUGUUACAAGCCCUACGCCAUCUUAAGCACAAAGGGUGUGACCAAAGCACUUACCAUCACAUGUUCUUUGCCAUCCACAAUACUGCAAAACGUAUUUACAGCUACUCUGGUGCCGAACAACUCAAAUCGCUAAGUGAAGAGCAAUUGCGCAUGAAUCUUUUAUUACUCCGUGGCACUCAAGCAUACAUCAAUGAUGUCUUCAAGAUGCGUCUUUAUGCUGAAAAAAUCGAGGAGCAAUUUCGAGACUUGAGGAUUUCUGAAGCGACCGAUUUAUCAUCAUUUUCGACAGGGACAUUACAACCUGCACUUGCUAACUAUGCUCCUACUACGGGACUUGGCCCACGCAUCUUUGUAUUCCGUCAGCAGAACACCACACGACGAAGUCGUCCGAACAAGGCAUCCAAAAAGUUAAAAGCAUCAUCACCACCAUCAUCGUCAACCUGUUCACCUUAUGCCAGACAAUCCAAAUAUGCAAAAACAAUUACUACGACUGGUGGAGGCAGUAGCAGCAGCAGGAAUCAACAUUCAAGCACCAGUAGUACUGCCGACUCGGCGAUUCAACAUCAACAACAACUACCAGCCCAAAUAGUAUAA